UCCAGAGAUAAAGAGAUUACGACGAUUAGGGACGUAAGAAGUUAAGAACCAUUAUUUCCGAUGAACCAUCAAAGCAAAUUAGAGCUGGUCAAGAACCGCAUUAAAUCAUACCCUGAUUUUCCUAAAAAGGGCGUUUUGUUCAGGGAUAUUUUUUCUGUAACGCUCGACUGCGAGGUGUUCAACGUUCUUCUAGACCUGCUGUACGAUCGUGUGGAGAAAUACAAAAAUGAAGCGGAAGCCAUCGUAGGAAUAGAAUCAAGGGGAUUUCUGUUCGGUCCGAUCCUUGCGUUGAAACUGGGAAUCCCAUUUAUCCCGAUACGUAAGAAAGGAAAGCUUCCCGGUGAAGUUGUAAGCGUGGAAUUCAGUCUUGAAUACGGUUCGGAUAUUGUGGAAGCACAGAAAAAUAGCUUUCUCAAUAUAGGCUCAGUUGUUAUUGUGGAUGACCUAUUAGCAACAGGAGGAACGUUAAAAGCAGCAUGUGAUUUAAUGACCAAAUUGAAUGUCCGUGUCUUGAACUGUAUUGUAAUUAUGGAGCUGUUGGGAUUUCGGGGAAAAGAAACAGUGCCAGCAACGGUUGAAGCACUCAUCCACUAUUAAAACUUUGCUCGGUAAACUCAGGUAAAUAUGAAUGAGUGCAAAAGUUGUAUCACAGGAAUAUUUUUGAUAAUUUGUAAUCCAGAAAUAAAUUUAAAAAUAAAAAUUGUAUUUGUAAUUUAAAUAAAUUGUAUCACUUUUUUAAUUUUUUUGUUUGUAAAAGAUGGAAAACAUUUUUCCUUUUGAUAAGUAAAGAUGUUAUUUUUAUAUAUAGUAACCUAAGUACAACAAAAGAUUAAUUUGUUAUUUCAGUGGGUUGUGAGUAAAAAAUAAAAUUGUUAUGUCAAUAUAUUUUUAUAUUUUAAUGUAUUACAUCGUAUAAUUAUUUAAAUGUAAUUUUACAUGGUCAUUGUUAAUAGUUUUUAACAAUAUAAAAUGUAAUUAUAAGAUUACCAUACUCUAGUAUACCACAAUAGGCAUGCAUUAUUGAAUUUCAAUUUAUGAACCUUUUCAAUAAGAGAAUACUAUUUGAAUUAAUACUGAAAAAAUUGUUUCCAUUUGUCAACUGUACCAAUGUGUCAACACUAGCUGAGUUUAUGGUUGAAAAUCAAAACUAAGGACUGUUAACAUAAACGUCUAUAUCACAAUGCUCAAAUUUUAUAUUUGUGGAAGACUCAUUUUAACAUUAGGGAACCGUUCAUCUGUACAAAACGGUUGAUAUUUGUUAGUCUGAAUUGCAAAUUAUUUUCAUUCUUAUUGUAAUAUAAAAUUAAAAUUUUUGUUACCAAAAAAGUUGCUCAAUGAUGUUCUAUACAAUAUCAUUUUUAAUAAAUUAGUACAUAGAAUCUUA